GGAGUUUAUCAACGCCGUACACUAUCGAAGAGAUCAACUCAGCGUCUAUGCUUGUGCAAGAGCUGACGAGAAGUGCUGGCCAUAUCGAUUUUGAAGAUCUUCUCAAAGUAGGCGGCGGUCUUGAGGACACGGAGUCGUCCCGGUAUACCGAUGGGAGCAAGCUGACGGUCGAGUCUCCGCGAGAGCGAUUGCCUAGCAUUAAC